AUGCGCUUUGUGUCAUCACCGACAGUACAUAAACUACCUGUCACUAUUAUUAUUAUUAUUAUUAUUAUUAUUAUUAUUGUGUCCUCGUUCUCUCUAACAAUUCUUUCUAUUCAUUGCCAAUCGCGUCGUUUGAUCCUCUGCACGGUACCACCACAUAUACUGUGUCGUCCAAAUACAGUUCGUUAUUCACUUGUUUGUCACGUGCAUGAUCAACGACAACGACGACAUAGAACAUCGAAUAGGUAUAUCAAAGUGUCGUCGCCAACUCUUCGAAAACUUUGUUUACCAUGUAUUACAACACGAAAUAAUCAUCAUAAUCGUCAGCAAUCUAAUAGAACGAAAACAUCCAUAAGUAAUCAGCAACAAAUAAUUAAUUCUCCUACUACUACUGCUGCUGCUGGUACUAAUAUUUCAUCUGAAAACAACAUUAUCGUAUCAUCAUCACAUCGAUUCGAAGUGGCUCCAAGGACACAUCAUUCAAUAUCAACAACGCCGGUGGUGCACAGUAGUGAAUAUUUACAAGAAAACGAUACCAAUCAUUUUCAAGAGCAACAUCAGGAUUUUGAGAUUUCCCUUCAGAAUAAAAAGAUAGAAGAGAAUAAUGAUGAGAUAUCAGUGGACGCGGAAGUAAUACCGACACAAAUAGUUUUAGACUCUAAAUUACUUGCAUCAUCAUCAUUAUUGUCACCGGUCCCUGGAAAUGAAAUAACUAGAUCAAUCGAAAAUGAUACGUGUGAUGAUCAAACGCCACUGCUAACAUCGGAACUUGCCUCUACUAUUGAGGAUUCAUCGGACCGUAAUAGUCGUAAAUAUUCGCUCAAUGCUAUUUUACCCCUCUCACGUUCUCUAAACUCACAUCCGCUUUUCCCCUCAUCGACAACUAAAACUGCCGUCGGCAGUCAAAAUGCCGGUGACGAUGACAAAGGUCGUAAUUGUGUCGAUUUAGAACCUCGUCGCCGAAUUUCAUUUUCAUCGGCACUUCGUCGUAGUUCAAUUGCAAAACAAGCACAAAAAUUUGAGCCAAUAAUUGAUUCUGCAUGCGAAAUUAAAACGAUAUCAACAAAAAAAUCUUCUCUUCCAACUGAUAAUACUAGCAACAAUAAUCACCCAAAUGCAAUUGAUUCGGAUAGUAGUGAUCGCACGUCAUUAUUAAAAUCUGCAAAUUUUUUUUCAAGAAAUCCACUAAAGAAAAAAUCUUCUAGUGUAACACCUGUAAUAGCGACUUAUCGAAAAGAUUUCAUGCAAAGAAUUGAACGUAUCCGCUUCAUUGAUGAUAGUGCUUCGAGCACUACCACAGUAACGUCGCCUGUAGAAAGUGCUGAUCGUUUGAAUAGUCACCAACCAUGUAAUCAUUUAAUCACGAGUGCCAUUGAACAAUUCGAUGAUUAUAUUCGUUCAAGGUACGAUAAUAAUGAUGAAAUUAAUUCAUAUAUUGAUCGUCUUGAUUCUGAUAUAAUUAAAAAUGGUACCUAUUCAGAUCUGAAUAUACUUAAUAGUACCAAUGAUAAUAAUAUACCCAUACAAAAUAGUCAACAACCAACAGUAUUUAAACCGGUGAAAAAUCUAUCAUCUGACUUGGAAACAGUAUGUGACUAUCGUCAAAUAAUGCGUAAUUCAACACCUAUUCGAAUUCCACCACAACCUACAAAACAUGCUUAUCAAUCCGAGAUUUCUAUUCAGCGACCAACAACAAUUAUAACAAAUGGACAUUCACGUUCCAUGGAUUUUCAAUCGAUUCAUCAUAAUAAUAGUAGACAUGAACUUCUUCGACCUAUUGUUACAAAUAAUACAGGAACUAUUUAUGAAACAUCAUCAUCAUCGACUGCUACAAUAACAUCAGCACGUAGCUCUAAUAGUAUUGAAUUCGAUGACGAUAGUAAACCAUCCGGUGUACUUGUGGAUGAUGAUUUUCUUCCGAUGUCAUCACCCGUCGAUGAUCAUUUUUGGGAUAUGACUCAGCAACAAAGUCAUCAUAGAUUCAAUAAUAAUAAUCAUCAUCAUAAAAAAGAAUGUUUUCCAAAUGUUGGUUCAUCACCUGAUGUUGAAGUAAAACAUUUCGAGUUACCACAUCUUAAUACGUUAUCAUCAUCGUUGGAUCAACCUUUAUCGGAAACAUCCUGUGAUGAAGAUGAUGAUAGUACAUUAUUAAAUCAACAAAAAUUUUCUAUACAUGAAUAUAAAUUAAAAGAAUUACAAAGGCCAAUUGUUAUUCAUCAAUCAUUAUUUAAUCCAUCCAUUCAUUCAACGGAACAAAUCAAUCCUAAUGAUGAUCUUAUAUCAAUACCAAUAAGAAAACUUUCUCUAGGAAAACAAAAUGAUGAAUCAUUGUUAGAAAAAUUCGCUUCGGCUAAUAGCGAUGUGAUACAAAUUCCGAUACGGUCUCCACCUUUGCGUACAUCAACAACAAAUGAUAUUAUCUUAUCUACUCAACCACAUCCACAAACUAUCUAUGAAGAAGAUGAUACACAAAGUUCAACCAAUGAUAAUGUAUCUGAUGAAAGUGCUGAUAAUGGUGAAAUUGAUCUUGUACAUGAAUUCGAAUUGUCCCAAAACAACGAACUCAACAACAACAACAACAAUAAUAAUGAUGAUAAUCUAUGGCAUACGAAUGAUCGUGAUGUAUUUAUGAUGCAUGAAAAUGAUCUUUUAUCAGCAUUAGUUACAACACAAACGCAAUCUGCCAAUCGACCAUUACCACCUUCGAUUAUGAAAAUUGCACAAAAUAAGCCUCUUGAUAUUAUUGAUGAACAACAAACAUCACCAAUGAAUAUUCUUAGACCUAAAGUACGCUUUAAUCUUGAUCCACAAUAUGAACGAGAACGUGAAUGGAAUAAAGUUAAUAAACUCCUUGGAAAUAGUGUGGAAUGGACUGAUGAAUUUGAAGUGUAA